AUGUUCAAGCUGAACAGCAAGACGAUGUAAGUCUGGCUCAGUGACCACGUGUGAAAGAGGUAUUAUAUUUCCACCACUCUUUUGUUGUUUUGUUAAAAUGAUUAUUCCUGCAAAGUUACUGUUGUCUCUUGCCAAAAUGUUGUAAAGAUGUUAUGGUCAUUUGGUAAAGGAAGAUAAUGUCAGAUAACCUUUUUACAGAACACUAAACUUCUAGAUCUUUCCCCACAUCAGGCACUGUUUGUAAAAGAAAACGAUUCUAUUUUAUACAGAACAUGAAGUUUGGGAGGAAAGUUUAAUUUAAUUGAUUUAACCACCAGGAUAAUCCACUCACUAACAAUUGUCAAUGCUGAACAGCAACCUGGUACAAUCAGGCUCAUAGUCCUAGUCGGUAGGAAUAACAACCUUUGCUUACCUAGGUUACCCCAUUGGCUCACAGCAAAAACGUGACCCUUUUUAAACUCAAUUUCCUUAUUGUCUGCUUGUUUUAGUCAAUUACAAAACUACAUUUACGAAAAGUACAACAUGUCUAAAGAUUCCUUUUAAACUUUGCCUGCUCCAGACUAUUCUCACUACUCACCAAAAACAUGUAAUAUUGUAGGACUUCCCUCAAGCCCCUUUUCAUGCCCCUUUUCACGUGGCUGCUAGCUAGCUACCGAGCGGAACGUUAAGCUAGCCAAGACCAACACAAACAAAUAGACUAUACAGCUACAAGUGGUGAGUGGAGUUACAAAUGGACUAUAGUAAACAAGUUAAAUGUCUUACCUGUGAUGAAAUGUUUUCCACACACAUAGCUACGUGUAGCCUAUUUAGACACCGGGUCCCUACAUUUCCCACUCUCCCACGCUGAAUAGCUUGAAGCCACGGGGCUCUUCUCACAGGCUCUAUUUCCCUACGUGGAAGCAUUGCGAUCCGUAGGUCGGGAUUUUUGACCUGGUACAAGUACAUUGAACAACACAACUUUUCGGCAUGUUUUGUUAUUUCUGUAUAACAAAAGAUCGACAAAGAAGUUGGCUCUUUUACAAUGGGGAUGAAUGGGAAAGAAUGUUUGUUUUCCCCAAUUUGUGGGCGUGGUCGUGGGAAUUCCUUAAUACGUGCAUAUCGACUCUGAGUAUAUGGAUCAGAAACUAUAAUAAAUCAGUGAAUCUCAAUUCCACAAGAGGUUUGGGUGAAUUAGAGACGUGUAGGUUCUUUGCGUUAUCUGUGUGGUAACGGUAUGUGUUAUCUGUGUGGUAACAGGGUAUCUGGUAGGCCUAUUGUUCUCUUGCCAUGGUUUCUACAUUUAACACCCAGGAAUCUCAAGCAGCCCUUAAUUGAAUGUAGUUUGCAUGCUGCUGCUGCUACUACUACUGCUAUUGCUACUACUGCUGCUGCUACUGUCAUCAAGAAAAAGUUCCUAUCUCAAAGAAAAGGGACCAACUGUCAUUUGUGUUAGAUUGCUGUAGGCCUACAUGCCUGGCUUAAAAAUUGAAAUGGGGUAUCACAUUCAAUACUGCUAGUGCUGAUGAGGUGAACCUAAUGGCUCAUAUUUUGGUAAUAUAUUUGUAACAGCAUGUUCUAAUAACAGCCUCUCUCUCUCUCUCUCUCUCUCUCUCUCUCUCUCUCUCUCUCUCUCUCUCUCUCUCUCUCUCUCUCUCUCUCUCUCUCUCUCUCUCUCUCUCUCUCUGUCUGUCUGUCUGUCUGUCUGUCUGUCUGUCUGUCUGUCUGUCUGUCUGUCUGUCUGUCUGUCUGUCUGUCUGUCUGUCUGUCUGUCUGUCUGUCUGUCUGUCUGUCUGUCUGUCUGUCUGUCUGUCUGUCUGUCCGUCUGUCCGUCCUAGGGCAAAGACCAGUGAGUCCCCAUGUCUGCUGGAGGGGGCUCCUCCGGCCGCUUCGACCUGGUCAGGGAUGCGGAACCUCACUACGACCAGGUCCCUGUGGGCUCCUUAUGGAGGGACCAGGGCCUCCCUCAUCCUCCACGAGCCCUUGGGGGCCUCAGGGGGGCAGACCUGGCUGUGAGCUCGAACCCUCUGCCCCCCCCUCCCCUCCCGGACCAGCCUCCCGUGGGCCCUGACUUCUACCCCCCUAGCGAUGGCGCCUCAAAGUGCCUGGACGACGACAGCGCGGCCAUGGACAUCAAACCCAUCCACCGAUUAAUUCCUGACUCAGUCAAUAAUUUAUUCCGCGGUAGCAGCAAGCCCUUCUCCUUACCCCCGCCCCCCUCCCCGCCUGUGACGGAAAAAGACGACCUCAAACCGGGAACCACUAGAGGUGUCCCCUGCUCCCCUCCCCACUCCCCUCCCCCCUCUCCCUCCCUCCCCGGCUCUUACCUGGACCCGUACGGAGGAUCUGGUGGCAGCUACAACUCCAGAAAAGAACGUGACGCCAUGUUGCUAGGAGCCGAAGCCAUCGAGUCUGUCUCGGGUCGCACCUUCCGCUCGGUCAUGACCUACAGUGAGCGGGUGGAGGAAUACCACCAGCGCUAUGCCUAUAUGAAGUCCUGGGCGGGGCUACUGCGCAUCCUGGGCUGUGUGGAGCUCUUACUGGGCGCGGCCGUAUUUGCCUGCUCCUGCGCCUAUGUGCACAAGGACAACGAGUGGUUCAACAUGUUCGGCUACUCCCAGCCACAGAUGUUCGGGGGUUUAGGGGGUGGCGCGGCGGCCUUCGGGGGCAGUGGAUCGGUUAGCUACACUGGACCUAAGACCCCCUUCGUUCUAGUGGUAGCCGGGCUGGCCUGGAUGGUGACAGUCAUUAUGCUAGUCCUGGGGAUGACCAUGUACUACCGUACCAUCCUCCUAGACUCGUCCUGGUGGCCCCUGACUGAGUGUGUGAUUAACCUGGCCUUGGGUGUGCUCUACAUGGUAGCAGGGUCAGUCUACGUCUGGGACACGACCAGAGGAGGGCUAUGUUACUACCCCGUCUUCAAUAAUGGAGUUAAUGGGGCGUUUUGCCGCACAGAAGCCGGCCAGACCGCAGCCAUUAUCUUCCUGUUUGUUAACAUGUUGGUCUAUUUUGUGGGCACCGGUGUGUGUCUGAAGCUGUGGCGGCAUGAAUCGGCGAGGCUGAGGAGGGAGGGGCUGGCGCAGGAGGUGAGGUCGGGAUGGGAGGGCUGCAAUUAUUGUGUUAUAUGACUAAUCCUUUGCCUCAUCCUUUCCCCUUUGUCUUCUUUGUUCUCAGAUGACAACCAUUGGAUCUUCCCUGCCAAUAUCUGAGGUGAAGUCCCUUAGUACAGUAGUAGAAAACGUUAUAAUCCCCAAGGGGAAAUGUCACUCUUCAUUCCAUUAAACUGAUCAUGCAUAAUGAAAACCAAGGUUAGGGUCAAUUCCAUUUCCAGUCAACUCAGGAAGUACUCUGAAAUUCCAACUCUCUUUGAUGCUUUUCAAUAAGGAUAAUUGGAAUGAUUUGGUUUACUUUCUGAAUUUUAAUGGAAUGGACCUCAACUCUGCUGACAACACAGUAACCAUACCUCCCUUCCCCAUCCUUCCACAGCUGGGCGGCUCAAGGGCCUCAAAGCAGACCCCUCUCCCCACCCUCCAGACGAUCCCAGAAGUGUUGGACAGCCACGUUGUCUCUCCAGCCGUCCCUCUGAUGAUGGAGCCAGAGAUCCUCAGAGGACACAUCCCUGCAGGACACAUCCCCAAACCUGUGGUCAUCGCAGACUAUGUGGCGUGAGUACUAACCACACAUCUAAUGUUAUUUGACCUGUUCUCUGACUGUUGUACAUGUUUUUUUAUAAUUAGUAUUUUUUUAUAUAUCAUGCUCCUGCAUUUGUUUGUUGUCAUUUGUAUCUCUGGUUCCUUAUGACAUACUUUGUAUUUGCUGCAUUUUUGUGAAGGGCUCCUUUGGAAAAAUAUACUUUGGUCUCAAUGGAACGUCCCUGCAUAAAUACAUGUAUGGACCUUUAGUACUAAAGGGUAGCUGAAUGCAACCGUCUGCUUCUCACUAAAAUAUUAUCUAUCUAUGGUUAUACGGUGCAGAACUCCAGCCCACAGUCCUGCUGUUUUUCUCUCUCUCUCUGCCACUUAAUUGAUCAGUUAAUGGUACUGAUGGGUUUGGCAAGAGAGUCUACACACCUGGUUGCCCAGGAGGUAGAAAUUAGUUUCUACAUAUAAAGGCCUACACUGCAUCCCUACCACGUAAAUAUGCAGAUGAGUGUAUAAUGGACAAGGAAGCCAUUUGAGACUCUUGAGAUGCACCCGUGGUUGUUGACGACCUUUACUUCCUAUUUCCUGUGUCAACAGGAAGUACCCGACCAUCCGUACGGAGGAGGCGAGGGACCAGUACAAGGCUGUGUUCAAAGACCAGUAUUCUGAGUACAAGGAGCUGCAUGCUGAGGUCCAGGCCAUGGCCAAGAGGUUCGACGAGAUGGACGAACUGAUGAGGAACCUGCCUCCUCGGCCCUCCAGCCAACUGGUACUGAGACAGAGAGCGAGACACACACACAAGCAUGUCACACGUAGACUACUCACGCGCACCACACACACAGUAGCCUGUCACAUGCACACACCCACACCCAUUUCAAAUUCACACACACACGGAUCACAUUAACAAACACAAAGCUACCAUAACAUAGCCUAAUGCCCACCAUAGCGCUUUUUUACCAAUCACUCGUUCAAAGUUAAGAUAUGUUUUCUAUUUUUCAGGAGAAGGAACGCAUGAAUACCCUAGUACUGGAGUACCAGAGGAAGAAAGCGGUAAGUGUUUUUAAAUCUGCUGGGUUUGAGAAAUGUGUAUAGGCAGGGGACACACUACACCUCCAGAGCCUCAAUAAUGAUCUGUUAAAAUAGGUUUUGUUCCGGAAUAUGUUUGUGGAAGAGCCCCUUUAGAAGUUGUACAGUAAAACCUGUUUGUGUAGAAUGGGAGUUUCACAUAGUUUGUUAGUUUCCCUUUCAGCCAAACCAAUGAUGUGUGACAGACUGAUAGUAGGUCAAAGCUCUUCUUCUCUCCACUCAUUCCUCUGACUUCCUGUUUGUUUUAAGCUAAAUCUCUGUCCCGUCUACACACACACACCACAGACUAGGAAAUUUGCAGCGUUUACCUCAUGAAACUGCAAAACAUGAUAUGGGACUUUUUUCCACUGAUGUCUUAGGAAGGUGUUUGUGCGUGUGUUGGUGUGUGGCAGACAGUGAAAUGGAGAGUUGGAGACAGUCCACAAAAGUAAGAAUGUCACUCAUUCUCUUGUUCUCCCGUUCCUGUUGUCAGGACCCCACAUUCCUGGAGAAGAGGGAGCGUUGUGAGUACCUGAAGAACAAACUGUCCCACAUCAAACACAAGAUCAACGAAUACAACAAGGUCAUGGACUGGAACGAUGGAUUCAGUUAAAGGAGUGGUUCCAACAGCCGUGUCUUUGUGAGACACGGUGUGGGUGAACGGAUGAUCUCCGCAUGUGUAUUUCCCACCGUAAAGCAUGGAGGAGGGGGUGUUAUGGUGUAGGGGUGCUUUGCUGGUGACACUGUCUGUGAUUUAUUUAGAAUUCAAGGCACACUUAACCAGCAUGGCUCCACAGCAUUCUGCAGCGAUACGCCAUCACAUCUGGUUUGGGCUUAGUGGGACUAUCAUUUGUUUUUCAACAGGACAGUGACCCAACACACCUCCAG